CCGGGGGGCGCUGGCGGCUCGCGCGGCGGUCACGUGGCCGCAAUGGCGCAGCGGUUCUGGGUGCUGAGGUGUUGCCGCUGCCGCCGCUUCCAGGGGCAGCAGGCCAAGCGCAGCGGGCGGUGGAGCUGCAGCGUGUGCGGCCAGCAGCAGGCCGUGCAGAAGGUUUAUGGGCAGGGCUCGGGCCUGGAGUGCCGGCGCCAUGUCCAGAAGCUGAACUUGCUGCAGGGUGAAGCAGAGGAGGCGUUGGGUUGGACAUCUUGGUGUGUAGAAGACUGUGUAAGUGACAGCAAAAAUAAAGCAGCACAACAUGAGGACAGUUCAGUCCAGCAGGAGGGAAGGACAGAAGGCAAUCGUUGGAGUAAAUAUCUGGACCAGGAGAGUGAGGAUCAGGAAGAUGACAAGGAGGAGGCAGCUCUGGAAAGGCAACAGUUCUGUUCCCAGAGAAAGAACACUGUGGGAGAACAAAGGAAACACCUGAAGCACUUCCUAUCCAAUGAUGUUCCAGAGCAUGCAGAAGAAAGUGGAAUUUCUCAGCUUGUCUAUCAAGCCAAAAAAGUUAAAACCACUGAGCACAAGAAAUGCUUUGGAGCAGUGCCUGAUGGACAUGAUGGAGAUGCUGGUUCUGGAGGCCAUGUGGUUCCUGCUCACUGUGAGGCUGUAGUGCCUGAGGAGAAUACACAGCCCCCAACUGCUUGUACCAAACCAUCCAAGUGGGGAAAAUAUCUCUCAUUUUCUGACAACUCCAGUGAAAAUGCUGCUGCAGUGACCAUGGCACUGCAGGAGGGCAGUGGAGGUGUGGGGCUAGACAGCACUGCUGCUGGCAGGGUGUGGAGACACUCAGGGCAGGCUGGAAGAAGUCUGCCUCAGGGUACAGGUUUUGAUUUUAAAAAGUGUGUUGCUAGCACUGAAGAUCUGGCCCUGAGACUGCCCAGGAGCAGGUGCACAGUUGAGGAAGUGCUCAGAGAACCUCAGAGCCAGGUGCUAAGGGUGGGAGCUGCUGCAGGGACCACUGCAGGAAGCUGCUGCUUGGAUACCACAGGAAGGGCAAACACCCUUGUGAACUCUAACCCUAGGCCAAAGAUGAGCAGUAUUUCUUGUGAGCAACUCUUCUGCACAGGUGAGGAGUUUGAUGAUGACCUCUGACAUGUCUUGCUCAUUUCUAAGGUAUUUGCUAUGUUGGUUACUUAGAGUUUUGAACUAAAGGUGUUUGUACACAAAGCCAUAUAGAACUGCACUAUUCAAGUUGUUUACUAGCUUGAUUGGUUGUGUUUGGGGGGAAGGGAAGGAGGGGGAAGAGACUUUCUCUCAGGUUACAGUGUUGUCUAGCAACCUCAGCAGCUAGAAAUAGGAAUGGAAGUAGGUCAGCUAGGGGAGACAAAGCUCACAGGCAUUAAGGAUUCCUGGCCUGUACAAUUAAAUUCUGUGAUUGACUCCUCCUUACAUACUACAGCUCCUUUUCCCAAACUACAUCUUUGUAGAAAUCUCCCACAGCAACCCUUUCUUCCAGAGCUAAAAGCAAGCUCUAGAGCAAGAAAAACAUUGGAUUGCUCUAGUUAGGGCAGCCCUAAGUGUACACCAAAGUAUGUGCAAAAAGGCAGUCCUAGGCUGCUUUGUGUUUUUAGCCUCAUCUGUCAAUAAUGUAGCUGUGAUACUGAAAUGCUCACACAGACACAUCACAUGCAGUAGUAUUUAUUUUUCCUCCAUUCUACAAGCACUUAAGAACAUGAGACAGGAACCCAGAGUAGGAAGAAUGAUGAACCAUAAUAACUCAUGCUGCAAUUUCUGCUUUCAGCUAGAAAAGUGCUUUUUGUUACUACUACAAGUGAGGUGGCUGCUUAGAAUACUGGAUGGCAUCUAGUGCUGCCCCAAUGUCGCAGU